CGGUUUCUGACCAAUUAGCAAGCAGACCUUUUGCUGUGUCUGGUUGCUAGUUGCGACCAAAAUAUACAGUUGAAGCUAAUCUCAGGUGAAAGGAAUAGUAAAUGCUUUGGAGCGAAUUAGAGGGACGCCAUAACGAUCAUAAAAAAUAAACCAGCUUUAAAAUUUACAAAACGCCAAGCUUAACCCUACUAUGCGGCUAUCCUGCAUUCUCCUGGCAAAGUCAUGGACCAAAGAGUAUGUAGGAGGAGAUGCGAGAAGCGCAUCCUAUUGGCUGUGAGGGGACGUCGAUGUUUUCAUCUCAGAACUUUUUUGGAGCGAGUAAACUUGACUGAGAAGCCAUGUCUGAGCAAAUCAAGCCUAUCCUCCAUGGAUACUUCAGAAGCUCCUGCUCAUGGAGAGUGCGCAUUGCUUUCGCCCUGAAAGGUAUUGAAUAUGAGCAGGUACCAGUCAAUCUGAUCAAAGACGGAGGUCAGCAGCUCACCAAGGAGUACAGUGCUGUAAACCCCAUGCGACAAGUGCCUGCCGUUGAAAUAGAUGGCAUCAUCCUUUCUCAGUCGCUGGCAGUGAUCCAGUACAUUGAUGAGACAAGGCCCGGACCACGCCUCUUGCCUUUGGACCCCAAAAAAAGGGCUGAGGUUAGAAUGAUUAGUGACCUCAUUGCUUCUGGGAUACAACCUCUGCAGAAUCUACACGUGAUCCAAAAGAUCGGAGCGGAGAAGGUGCAGUGGGCGCAAUACUUCAUUAAUCGAGGUUUUGAAGGUCUUGAGCCUUUGCUGAAACAAACGGCUGGCAAAUAUUGCGUAGGCGAUGAGAUCUCCAUGGCGGACAUCUGUCUGGUCCCUCAAGUCUACAAUGCAGAGAGAUUUAAAGUGGACAUGAGCUUGUAUCCAACCAUCCAAAGGCUAAAUCAAACCUUGGUGGAGAUAGAAGCUUUCCGAGUGAGCCAUCCAUCUUGCCAGCCGGAUACGCCCGAUGAGCUUCGGGCAUAGCGGAAAUGUUGUACACUUUUGAAUAAAAUGCUAUGAACGUGAAUUAUAUUUUUUACUUUUAUUUCUGCAAUUUCAAAACACUUUGUUAAAACUCUUUGUCAGGAAACCUUUAU